AUGCAACAUUUACUUGUUAGCGCUGGUGUUGGACGAACUGGCACUUACAUUGCAGCUGACAUAGCUAUUAAUUAUCUACAUGAUAAAACAUUCGAUAAAUUAGCUAAUACAAAAUUAGAUAUAAUGGGCACGGUGUAUCAGCUACGUUUAGAUCGACCACGAAUGAUACAAACAAAGGAUCAGUAUUUACUAGUGUAUCGUUGUGUAGCGGAAUAUUUAAAAAGAACUGGUAAAAGUAAAGCAUGUAAGUUCCAUCGAAUGUAAUGUUCUAGCAACUCAAAAAUAGGGCAAAACAUUACUUUUCUAUUUAUGAAUACAUCGUUGGAUAAAACUUAUCAAGUUCGCUAGAAAGCUGACAGUUUUCAUUGUUUUAAAGCUCUUUUUAUCACAGAAAAUUUAAAAAUAUAUAAGCUUUAAACUCGAGUAAAAUGUCAUGAAUAUUUUAACAGAAAACGAAUGCUAAAGAUGACUAGAAGAUUAGUCAAUCAUGGGCAGAAACAUCAAAGUGCAUAUGAAGUACAGUCCUAAGCUACGUAAUUCUUUUAAAUACAAGAUAAAACAGAUUUUUUCAAUUUUAUUACAGCUCUCAUACAUAUGGAAAGAAAGCAUCAUAGGUGGGGAAGCAUACGAGACCUCGCGAGCGUAAGUGGACAAGAACCUCAAUUUUUGUUCGACAACAUUAUCUCUCUGUGACAUACCAAACGGAUCUUAAAACUGUCAGUUUUCUGAGGAGCACGAUGUGUUCAAUAAACAAAAGCUAAUGUUUUGCUCCAUUUCUGAGUUGUCGGCACGCUAAUCGUUUUUCGUUACCACGCAUCUCUUUUUUGCUUCCUUUUUUUCAGUGAAAAGUCACACCGCCAUAUAUGAAAAUACUACGCAAACGACUAAUAAUACAUACGAAAAUUA